AUGACAAGAAAGGUGAAGACUCAAGAAGAGAAAGAGGAAGAGCGGAGGACGAAAAUCGGCGAGUUGACGGAAGCAAUAGAGAAAUUGAAGGAGGAUGCAAAGUUCGGAAAAGUGGAGAAUAAGGCGAAAAUGGAAAAAGUGUUGAGGCAGGAACUCACGAUGCUCCAGCAGGUAGGAUUUGAACGGUUCUUGGCGGAUUUAUCAGUAAUUCGCGAAAAGUUUAGGCGGAAAUCAUGGAUUUUCGCAUAUUCCAUCGAAUUUAGUAAAUAGUUACAAAUUUCAACAAUCUUAAAAGGACAUUAUGAAAAAAUAACCCAUUAUCUGAUUUUAUUGUACAUUUUGUCCGCCAGGUUCAGCCUGACAGCCUUUUCCGUUGUUCUUCAACUCGAUUUCAGAUCCCGGUGGAAUCGCUCGACUCGAAACUGGCCGCCUGCAAUUUCACCUUCUACAAAGCGGUCAUGGAGGAGAUCGAGACGGCGCCGGCAGGGACGGUCAAGUCCGUUUUGAAACCGUUCUCGCGCACAACGAAAAGCGGCCGAAAAACGGAUAUUGUAGUGGAUAUUGUCAAGAAAUCGCCGGAGACCUGGGUAAGAACAAAGGAUUGUGAGGUGUUUAUCGUCAUUUUCGAAUUUCAGAUCAAAGUGGUGAACCGCUCGGCGUCCAGAGUACUUGUCGAGUAUCGGGACGGAAAAAAGAACGGAAAUCUUCUGAUGCAAAUGCGACAAUUUAGCCACGUGGCGAAGAACUUCAACAACCCGCUGAUCCAGGUGAUAUUCAAGGACGGAGUAAUGAAGGAAAUCGCCGAAAAACUGGAUCGACACGGAAUUGAAGUGAUCGGAAGACGAUUGCCGAAAGAGGAAUUGGCCGGGAAGUGGGACGAAACUGUGCUGAACAAACUCGCGGAGCACUCGGAUUGGGAAGAAGACGAGAGCAGGUGAGGAAGCGAAAAAAGAAAAGAUUUGCCGCCAGCAGGGGUCGAACCUGUGACGUUGCGCAGCGGGCUGAGGUUACAAAAGUAUUGUGAUGAUUAUAUAUUUUCUGAGUUUCUGAUUGUUGUACAAGUGCACGAAAAUGUUGUGAAUGAUCAAGUGUAACCAAAUCAAAGAAGAAUCCGAUUCCUCUUCUGGAACUUCGCAGUCCAUCCAAGUUUUUCGCUUGAAAUCCUGCCGAAUGCCCGACUAUGAAUAUCGACUGCGUUGAAGCGCUGAAUUCCUUUCGAAUCUGUCAGGUUUUUUUUGACUACGGCUCUCCGCUGCUUAAUAGAUUCAAAGGUAGUCGUUUCGGAUUGCUCGGAGUGGCAACUAAACGCUCAUGCCGAAAGAUGUACCAAACUCACUCCCGCCGACCCGUCGGUGGGCCUGAUUUUACCCACGCCGGUUUGCCUGUGAACCGACUGAGCAGUGUCGGCUGCCGGAAAUCGCAGAGCGAAGACAUGCGCGCUCGCGCUCUCCCUUCUCACCCUCUUGUCUACUUUCCCUUGCAGGCCGUCCUCUUCGGAAACCACCCCUCGCUAUCGGAAAAUGUCGGUUCCGUCGAUUAAUAUGGACGUGAAUGCGGUCAUGGUUCUUGUCUCGAAUCUUUGCGAGCCCGGAGGUGCCGAUCCUGAGAUCUUUGACUUCGGAAAUACGAUGAUUUCGACGCAUGCGGCUCAUGAGCACAAGAAACCGUCGAAGCCGGAGUUGCUUGAAGCGGUGAAAGGUAAAGUCGAUAGGAUACCAACCAGUAGAUCCCAUUUUUGAUUUCCAGAUCUCCGUAUGAUUAUGAGUGCAGCAGCGUUCGAACAAUUCGAGAAGAUAGUGGGAACCGUGGGCGGACCGACCGAAAAACAGCGAUUCGCAGAGCUCCGGCCCAAGAUUCAUUUGAUUGAGGAUCCAGAAGAACCGUCUCCGAAGGUCGCGCUGCUGAAGGGAUCCAAGCAUCUCUCGGAUAUGGCCAAUGUAAAAAAAGAGAAAAAUUUGAUAACAUUGGAUACUUUUUUGCAGAGAGUAUUUACAAUGGGCGAUUACACGAAAACGGUCACCGUGACUGCCAAUCGCGACUUUUUGAACCUCGCCCAAUCUAGGGUAAAUCUCUCUCAAAUGGAAAAGUAAGAGAUCAAAUAUUUCAGGGUGUGUACUUUGAAUACAUCGAAGUUCAGCCUCGCCCACUCACCGAACAGAAAGAAGAAGAAGCGAGACGGCUGCGGGCGAGCAAGCGGGAACAAUAA